AUGGAUGUGAAGAACAGCACUGUGGAUUUAACCUCAUCACCAGCAACUUCUACAGUCAAAGAAGAACCUGAAGACCCCAAUGGAGACGGGUUUGUCCAAGAGCUGCUGGUUGAGUCGAUCAAAACUGAAGACCCUGAUGAUGGAGAUGGUUUUGUCCAGGAGCUGCUGGUUGAGUCAAUCAACACUCCAUUUAAACCUCACUGCAGCAAACAGAGUGAAGAAUGUUUUGGAGAYUCAAGGGAUUUAGAACUACAUAAACCCAAGCACACUGGUGAAAGAAAGUUCGCCUGUACCCAGUGUGAGAAGAGAUUCAACCAGUCAGGUGAUCUGCAAAAACAUCAGCGUGUCCACACUAGAGAGAAGCCUUUCACCUGUACCCAGUGUGAGAAGAGAUUCACUGUGUCAUGUAAUCUGAAAAGGCAUCAGUGUGUCCAAUUUGGAUAAAAGCCCCUCUUUUUUAGAUAUUCUGGUGGACUGAAACAUUUGUUUUACUGUGGACUUGAAUGGCCAUCAGAAAUGUCAAAUAAAGCAUCUAAAAAUGUUAGAGCUGUAUGAAACUUUUUUCUCUUGACAAAGAAAUAUUUUGUGAAAAAAGUCACUCAACAUAUUCAAAAAUAUGAAUUCACAUUUAACUUAAAAUUUACAACAAAACACACAUUUACACACAUACACACACACAAAGUAUGUAAAUGUAGGA